CUGGGCGUGUGUGUGUGUGUGUGUGUGUGUGUGUGUGUGCCUCUACCCCAGCCCUCAUAUCUCCUCUCUGGACAGCCAGCCCUGUUCUAGAGUUAUUCCAGGAAUGCGAUGAUGAACAUGGCUGCCGCGAUUAAGGCGCAGAAAACGGGACUGCUUGAGUUCCGAGUGACCGUGGACCGCUGGAUCCGGGCGUUGGCCACGCUCACCGAGGACACGUUGACGGUCAACCCCGGGGAAGGCGCCGAGGAGCCGGAGAAGCCGAAGCCGAACCCCCCGGGGGCUCUCAACGGAGACCCCCCGAACCUUAGCCCGAGCACCGUGCCGGAGACCAUCACCAACGUCAAGCGCACGGUGAGAGUCACCAAGCAAGAUGUCGGAGGACUCGGGAUUAGUAUCAAAGGUGGAAAGGAGAACAAGAUGCCCAUUCUCAUCUCCAAGAUUUUUAAAGGCCUGGCCGCCGACCAGACGGAGGCUCUUUAUGUGGGUGACGCCAUUUUGUCCGUCAACGGUUACGACUUACGGGAGGCUACGCACGAUGAGGCCGUGCAGGCCCUGAAGAAAACCGGCAAGGAAGUCAUCCUUGAAGUCAAGUACAUCAAGGAAAUGUCAGCCUUCUUCAAGAGCUCGGGGUCCCCUGGUGCAGCUCUCCCGUGGGACUCGCCUCCGCUUACUCAGAAGGGUUCGGAGCCGUCCGCUGCAGAGGCCAAGGAGCCCCGGAGCAUCUCGCUGAAAAUGUGCCAGGUGUCCCGCAAGCAAUGCCCACCCGACACAGAAAACAGGUAUUUCGAGGUGAUUUCACCCAAUAGGAAGAACUCAGUGUUCCUGCGGGCCAAAGACCCAGCCAUGGCCCAGUCUUGGUACAACGCCAUCCAGGCUUGUCGUGCCAACCUUUUACCACGUGUCAAGGAGGAGAUGAAGAGCUUGCAGCCUGGUAUGGAGGUCAAACACCUGGGCUGGAUUAUAGAACAGGUGGUCCAAGGUCCCGAGAGGCCGGUCCUCGCUGUGCUGACCGACCGAGAGCUGCUCCUGUACCCUUCCAUGCCCGAAGGCAAAGACGCCAUCAGCAGUCCCACCAAGAGCCACCCUCUCAUCACUACCCGACUGGUCCACUCCGGCCCAGGAAAAACCUCUCCGCUCCUGGACUCGGAGCUGUCCUUCGGCUUGCGCUCGGGCACCAAGCAGGGCGUGGAGGCCCACGUGUUCCGGGUGGACUCCGCCAAGGAGCUGUCCACUUGGACUCACCUUCUGGUCGACGGCUGCCACAAUGCUGCCGAGCUCAUCAAGGAGGUCACAGCAGCCUGCAGCUGGAAUGGACAAGAGUGCACCCUGGGAGUGCACAUCGACGAGGGCUUCACGCUAUUCACCGAAGAGAUGGGUGUCAAGAAAAACGUCCUGCUUCAGCAUCCCUUCGAACGCCUUCGAAUGUCAUCGGACGACGGCGUCCGCAUGAUGUUCCUCGACUUUGGAGGGCCCGAAGCUGAAAUUCAACUGGAUCUCCAUUCUUGCCCCAAGACCAUGGUGUUCAUCAUCCACUCUUUUCUCUCUGCUAAAGUCAAACGACUUGGCCUGCUGGCAUGAUGACGUUCAGAACUGUUAGCGGUAGGAAUAUCACACACACACACACACACACACACACACGCACACAAAAAAACAACAACAAUGAUGCGGCUCCUUUUUGUGGAAGAGCGACGGACACUUUUUGCGUUGAGGUAAAAAUGUUUCACAGCGACGAAGCAGCAAAUGAAUUUACGAUAAAUGUACGAUUUUAGUAGCAUUUUGGUCCAUUUUCUUCUUUCUGUCAGCACCCCGUCAUGAAUGACUUGCCUUAUCUGCAGCGUAGGUGAUGUUGCACAUUUCAAAGAAGGUGACCGAUCACUGUGUGAUCUAAAAAGUACACAAGCAUUUUGUUCAUGUUUUAGUUGCCUUCACACAUUUGGAAAGGUUUAAAAGACUGACACAAACGGCCUGAAAGUGGAUGGAAUAUUUAUAAUUGAUAAAGGUACGUCUCUUUUUCUUUCCUUUUUUUUUUUUCUCUCAAAUCCAUCCACUCUCAACUGAUCACAUUCAUUACAAAUUAUUUCCGUUCAUUCAAUCAUCACAAAGUGCUUUAAGUAUUCAGUAAGUUCAUUUAAACGUCAUAUUUUUUGUGUCAUGUCUCGGUGAUCCUGUUUUGUUUAGUUCUGUUAGUUUACUUCAAGACUCCAUGAGUUCCUGUUUUAUCCACUCCAUUCUUUUGUUUCCAUGCCAACCCAUUAGUUUUCACCUGUCCCCAAGUCACGCACCUGUUUUCACUAAUUAUGUAACUAUUAUUUAAACCGAAUGUUGCCAGGAAGUCAGCCUGGCGACUUUACCUCUGAUACUGCCCAUAGUUAUGCUUCUUGCCUUGCCACGUAAGGUUUUGUACUUCCGCUUUGUGCGCGCCUUUUUCCCCUUUUUUUAAUAGCCAUCAAUAAAUAUGUCCUUACCUUCACGCCUUGCCCGCGCCAACCUUCCUUUGCCUUCCGGGAAAACAAACCCCAAAGUCCACGUUUUGACAGAAGGCAAAGGAAAGUUGGCGCGGGCAAGACAUGAUGGUAAGGACAUAUUUAUUGAUGGCUAUAAAAAAAAAGGAAUAAAAGGCGCGCACAAAGCGGAAGUACAAAAAUUUGGUGUGAACGGCUUCCUGCCGUCAUCGUGCGGGUUGCAUGGACCAUCAAGAGAGGACAUUGCUUUUGCAGGUUUGACUCUUGUUUAUUUUUCCAAUAAGCUUUGUCUUUUUGGUCGGAUCGCUAUUCAGCGGCUCCUCCUUCCUGCUCGCUCCUCUCUUGCCCGCGCCAACUUUCCUUUGCCUUCCGGGAAAACAAACCCCAAAGUCCACGUUUUGACAGAAGGCAAAGGAAAGGUAAGGACAUAUUUAUUGAUGGCUAUAAAAAAUGGAAUAAAAGGCGCGCACAAGGCGGAAGUACAAACACUUGGUGUGAACGGCUUCCUGCCGUCAUCGUGCGGGUUGCAUGGACCAUCAAGGGAGGACAUUGCUUUUGCAGGUUUGACUCCUGUUUAUUUUUCAAAUAAGCUUUGUCUUUUUGGUCGGAUCGCUAUUCAGCGGCUCCUCCUUCCUGCUCGCUCCUCUCUUGCCUGCGCCAACUUUCCUCUGCCUUCCGCGAAAACAACCCCCAAAGUCCACGUUUUGACAGAAGGCAAAGGAAAGGUAAGGACAUAUUUAUUGAUGGCUAUAAAAAAAAAAGGAACAAAAGGCGCGCACAAGGUGGAAGUACAAAAACUUGGUGUGGACGGCUUCCUGCCGUCAUCGUGCGGGUUGCAUGGACCAUCAAGGGAGGACAUUGCUUUUGCAGGUUUGACUCCUGUUUAUUUUUCAAAUAAGCUUUGUGUUUUUGGUCGGAUCGCUAUUCAGCGGCUCCUCCUUCCUGCUCGCUCCUCUCUUGCCCGCGCCAACUUUCCUUUCUCUUCCGGGAAAACAAACGCCAAAGUCCACGUUUUGACAGAAGGCAAAGGAAAGGUAAAGACAUAUUUAUUGAUGGCUAUUAAAAAAAAGGAAUAAAAGGCGUGGACAAGGCGGAAAUACAAAAACUUGGCGUGGACUGCUUCCUGCCGUCAUGGUGCGGGUUGCAUGGACCAUCAAAGGAGGACAUUGCUUUUGCAGGUUUGACUCCUGUUUAUUUUUCAAAUAAGCUUUGUCUUUUUGGUCGGAUCGCUAUUCGGCGGCUCCUCCUUCCUGCUCGUUCCUCUCUUGCCCGCGCCAACUUUCCUUUGCCUUCCGGGAAAACAAACCCCAAAGUCCACGUUUUGACAGAAGGCAAAGGAAAGGUAAGGACAUAUUUGUUGAUGGCUAUAAAAAAAAAGGAACAAAAGGCGCGCACAAGGCGGAAGUACAAAAACUUGGUGUGGACGGCUUCCUGCCGUCAUCGUGGGGGUUGCAUGGACCAUCAAGGGAGAACUUUGCUUUUGCAGGUUUGACUCCUGUUUAUUUUUCAAAUAAGCUUUGUCUUUUUGGUCGGAUCGCUAUUCAGCGGCUCCUCCUUCCUGCUCGCUCCUCUCUUGCCCGCGCCAACUUUCCUUUGCCUUCCGGGAAAACAAACCCCAAAGUCCACGUUUUGACAGAAGGCAAAGGAAAGGUAAGGACAUAUUUAUUGAUGGCUAUAAAAAAAAAGGAACAAAAGGCGCGCACAAGGCGGAAGUACAAAAACUUGGUGUGAACGGCUUCCUGCCGUCAUCGUGCGGGUUGCAUGGACCAUCAAGGGAGGACAUUGCUUUUGCAGGUUUGACUCCUGUUUAUUUUUCAAAUAAGCUUUGUCUUUUUGGUCGGAUCGCUAUUCAGCGGCUCCUCCUUCCUGCUCACUCCUCUCUUGCCCGCGCCAACUUUCCUUUGCCUUCCGGGGAAACAAACCCCAAAGUCCACGUUUUGACAGAAGGCAAAGGAAAGGUAAGGACAUAUUUAUUGAUGGCUAUAAAAAAAAAAGGAAUAAAAGGCGCGCACAAGGCGGAAGUAAAAAAACUUGGUGUGGACGGCUUCCUGCCGUCAUCGUGCGGGUUGCAUGGACCAUCAAGGGAGGACAUUGCUUUUGCAAGUUUGACUCCUGUUUAUUUUUCAAAUAAGCUUCGUCUUUUUGGUCGGAUCGCUAUUCAGUGGCUCCUCCUUCCUGCUCGCUCCUCUCUUGCCUGCGCCAACUUUCCUUUGCCUUCUGGGAAAACAAACCCCAAAGUCCACGUUUUGACAGAAGGCAAAGGAAAGUUAAGGACAUAUUUAUUGAUGGCUAUAAAAAAAAAGGAACAAAAGGCGCGCACAAGGCGGAAGUACAAAAACUUGGUAUGGACUGCUUCCUGCCGUCAUCGUGCGGGUUGCAUGGACCAUCAAGGGAGGACAUUGCUUUUGCAGGUUUGACUCCUGUUUAUUUUUCCAAUAAGCUUUGUCUUUUUGGUCGGAUCGCUAUUCAGCGGUUCCUCCUUCCUGCUCGCUCCUCUCUUGCCCGUGCCAACUUUCCUUUGCCUUCCGGGAAAACAAACCCCAAAGUCCACGUUUUGACAGAAGGCAAAGAUAAGGUAAGGACAUAUUUAUUGAUGGCUAUAAAAAAAAGGCGCGCACAAGGCGGAAGUACAAAAACUUGGUGUGAACGGCUUCCUGCCGUCAUCGUGCGGGUUGCAUGGACCAUCAAGGGAGGACAUUGCUUUUGCAGGUUUGACUCUUAUUUAUUUUUCCAAAAAGCUUUGUCUUUUUGGUCGGAUCGCUAUUCAGCGGCUCCUCCUUCCUGCUCGCUCCUCUCUUGCCCGCGCCAACUUUUCUUUGCCUUCCGGGAAAACAAACCCCAAAGUCCACGUUUUGACAGAAGGCAAAGGAAAGGUAAGGACAUAUUUAUUGAUGGCUAUAAAAAAAAAGGAAUAAAAGGCGCGCACAAGGCGGAAGUACAAAAACUUGGUGUGGACGGCUUCCUGCCGUCAUCGUGCGGGUUGCAUGGACCAUCAAGGGAGGACAUUGCUUUUGCAGGUUUGACUCUUGUUUAUUUUUCCAAAAAGCUUUGUCUUUUUGGUCGGAUCGCUAUUCAGCUGCUCCUUCUUCCUCUCGCCUUCAGUCUGCCGUGUCUUCGUCGCUGUGUUUGGAUCGCUUUCAGUCGUUCUCUCUCGUCUGGUUCUUCUACUCCUUCUGCCUCGAUCGCUCCUCCUUCUCCCCUUUUAUACAGCAGGAGGAGAUGCAUUAAUUGUGUGCGAUCUACGCACCUGAAUUUGAUUCCAGCACACCCCGCCUCUCCGCUCCACCGCAUCUUCCUCCUCCUGGCCGCCAUCAUGAGUAGGACUAUGGCUUGUCCUGCCCCGCCGUCGGCCCGUCGGCUCCGCCUCUCCACACUUGGCUAAUAAACAAAAACUUGCACAAAGCCAGAAACUAUGAACAUGAAACAAAACUCGAUAACUGUGACCUGAAGAAACAAAAAGUAUGAAGCAUAACUAUGGGCAGUUUUAGAGGUAAAGUUGCCAGGCUGACUUCCUGGCAACUUUAGGUUUAAAUAAUAGUUACAUGUUUAGUGAAAACAGGUGCGUGACUUGGGGACAGGUGAAAACUAAUGGGUUGUUGGCAUGGAAACAAAACAAUGGAGUGAAAAAACAGGAACUAAUGGAGUCUUGAAGUAAACUAACACAACUAAACAAAACUUGAUCCCCAAGACAUGACAUUUUGUCGUAAUUAAAACCUUCUCAUUGCUCUUAAGGAACAUUGUCAAUAUAUAAUAAUAUGUCGCUAUGUAUUUACUCCUCAACACACACUCUCUCAACAUUAAAACAUAAAUAUAUAUAUAUUCUUAUUUAAACAAAGGCGUGCCUUCUUUAGGAUUGUUUGUACAUAACAUGUAAUAAACUUUUGUCAAAUUUUA